AUGAUAUCUGACAAUGAAACUCCGACGAUGAAGAAUCGAAGGAAGCCAACAUGGAGGGAGAAAGAGAAUAAUAAAAUGAGAGAAAGAAAAAGGAGAGCCAUUACAACAAAUAUAUUCAAUGGACUUCGAACUCAAGGGAACUACAAUUUGUCAAAAAAUUGUGACACCAAUGAGGUCCUCAAAGCUCUCUGCAACGAAGCUGGUUGGGAAGUUGAACAAGAUGGAACCACCUAUCGCAAGGGUAAUUGCAAGGCUCCAUUAUACAAUGAUGCAGACACUUCCAACGGAACUAUCCCUUUUACUCACUCACAAAAUCCAACUGUUGUGAUGAUGUCAAGCAAUACCCUUGUGACACCUUCUCUCUACUCAUCAACAUCAAGAAACACAAAAUCAAUUCCAACACGAGGUUCUAUAUCCAAAGAACUUAUGCCCGUUACUGAUUACUCUUUUGUUGCUCCUUAUACCCUAGAUAGCCCUAAAAACCAAAACAUUCAUACCCCAAUUAAGUUCCAACCUUUUGCACAAACUCCAUCCAAGGUGCCAACUACUUCAUCCGUCAAAAUAUUUGGGGUUCAAGUACAACCUAGGACUGGAAAAGAAAAUCAUGAUGAGAGGUUGGAUGAUUUGGAACUCACACUUGGAACUGGGAAAGGAAGGAAUUAG